AUGAAGAUAAGUAGCAGGGAGAGAAGACACCUUUCAUCUUUAAUGUUGAUGUUGCUCUGCUUGCAGAUAUAUACAAAAGCACAAGAAGAAAAUCCAGCCUACAAGGAGAUCCCAGUGGGAGUGAUUCUAGAUAUGGGAUCAUCAUAUUCAUAUUCAUAUUCAUAUUCAUAUUCAUAUUCUGGGGUUGGAAAGGCUGUUCAUAGCUGCAUCACCAUGGCUGUGUCUGAGUUUUACAUGGUCAACCCUCACUUCCAAACAAGGAUAGUUAUUCACCAUAGGGAUACCCAUGGAGACCCACUGCAUGCUCUCUCUGCUGCUCUUGAUCUUUUGGAGAAGCCAAAAGUGGAAGCAAUCAUAGGUUCAGAGUCAACAGCUGAAGCAAAGUUCCUGGCGGUUUUGGGAGACAAAGCUAGAGUGCCUAUUCUUUCACUUUCACCAUGUCUAUCUUGCAACAAGCAUCCUUAUUUCCUUCAAGUUACACAAGAUGAAACCAGUCAAUUUGAAGGGAUUGCUGCAAUGGCUGAAUCCUUUAGAUGGAAGGAAGUUACUGUUAUCUGUGAAGAUAGUGAGAAUGGGAGAGACAUGACUACAUUCAUGACCAAUACAUUCCAAAAGAAGGGUAUAAUUGCAACACAUUGGAGCUUAAUUUCAACCUCUUCUAGCAAUGAACUACUCCAGGAUGAAGUUCACAAGCUUUUGAGUAUGCAAACAAAAAUAUUCAUCAUGCAUGCAUCCCCUUCUCUUGCAUCCCGCAUUUUGGUGAAUGCAAAGUAUCUUGGAAUGAUGGAUGAAGGAUACAAAUGGGUUAUCACCAGUAAGACUAUGGACUUUCUGAAUUUAAUGGAUGAUGAAGUCAUUGAGUCUAUGCAAGGGGCAGUGGGCUUUAAAUCAAGGGAUAUCCACAAAUUCACUUCUAGAUGGAGAAAAGAAUAUGAUCAUGCUAAGAAGCAUGUGAUGGUGAAGCUCAAGGAGAUUAAUACUUAUGAUAUUUGGGCGUAUGAUGCAGUUUCAGCUCUAGCAAUGGCUGUCGAGAGGAUACAAGUUGUAGAGCAAGGAGAUGAACUGAAUAUUAAAGAUUUGGAGACGAAUACUGAAAAGGAUACAACACUUCUGAAUCAGAUGUUAAGCAAUAGGAAGAUGAAUGUUGCACAAUAG